AUGCCGCCCAAGAAGGCCGAGCAGCCUAAGAAGAAGAAGGCCACUGUCGAUGACAAGACUUUCGGCAUGAAGAACAAAAAAGGUGGUGCUGCUCAAAAACAAAUCCAGCAGCUCCAAGCCAUGGCGAAGUCCAACAAGGACCCCGACGCCAAGCGCAAAGAGGCUGAGAAGCUUAAGCGAGAAGCCGAGAAGAAGGCCGCCGAGCAGGCCAAGAAAGAAGCUGCUGAGCUUUUCAAGCCUGUCCAGGUUCAGAAAGUACCAUUCGGAGUUGACCCGAAGACUGUGCUGUGUGUUUUCCACAAGAAGGGAGGAUGCGACAAAGGCAAGAAGUGCAAGUUCAGCCACGACAUGAACAUUGAGCGCAAGGCUGCGAAAAAGGAUCUCUAUACCGAUUCACGCGAUGCGGAGGAAGGCGAGGACAAGAAGAAGGCGGAUACCAUGGACAACUGGGACGAAGAAAAGCUGCGCAGCGUCGUUCUCAGCAAGCAUGGCAACCCACGAACGACGACUGACAAGGUUUGCAAGUACUUCAUCGAAGCCGUCGAGAACCAGAAAUACGGCUGGUUCUGGGUCUGUCCAAACGGAGGAGAUAAGUGCAUGUACAAGCACAGUUUGCCACCUGGAUUCGUCCUCAAGACCAAGGAACAGAGGGCGGCUGAGAAGGCUUUGAUGGACAAAUCUCCAUUGAACACACUUACUCUGGAAGACUGGCUCGAAUCAGAGCGGCACAAGUUGACUGGUACUUUGACGCCAGUCACCCCAGAAAGUUUCGCCAAGUGGAAGACGGAGCGUCUCAGCAAGAAGGCUGCUGAGGAGCAAGCACAGAAGGCCAAGGAAGCUACUGGUCGUGCCAUGUUCGAGAGCGGCGACUGGAAGGAUGAGGAAAGCAGUGACGAGGAGGAAGACGAUGAUACCUGGAAUCUGGACGCGCUCCGUGAUGAGACCGAGCAGCUCAAAGAGCGGACCGAAGAGGAACGGGUGGCUAAGCUUACAGGAGUUGAUGUUCCAUCAGACGGUGGCGCCACCGUACAGCAGGCUGCUGGUUGA